AUGUUCUCGAUGCCUGCACGGGGAGGCCCCUGUGAAGGUGCGAUGCAAUGCAUAUCAGCUGAGCGGUCCUUUGGGUUCUGUUCUUCAGUCGAAGCAAACGAACGCGUUGUUGAGCGGGCGUAUGGUGUCUGCAAUGGAAGGCCGAACGCAGCUCACCCAACCCAUCUCACCAUCACAGCAACGUUAGUUUUGGACCCUUCAGGCAGAGGAGUUGUCACCUUUCCCCCUCUCACCACAACGAGGACAACAUCGAGCUCAGAAGCGUCGAGUCUGGAGACAUCGAGCACUACUCAAACACUACCAACAACCCUAGUCAUCGAUACAUCAUCACCACCUAUUAUUCCCAGACCAUCGACGAGAACAAGGAUACGGUCAACAACGAGGGAUGAUUCUUCCACCGACUCGCCUGACGAUACCACUACUUCUCCAGAGAUAAUUUCGAUUACCGAACUCCCGUUCACCAGUUCCACGACUUUUGAAACCACAACGACAACAUCCACUUCAAGUUCAGAAACGGAAACUACUACAGAAGUAUCAGGCGGUGCUGGUGGUGCGAGUAAGGGUGAGGACAAUGAUGAUUCAAAUAAACUCUCUACCGAGCAAGUUGCUGGAAUAUCAAUAGGUGUUCUGGCCGCUGUUGGAGUUGCAGUCGGAGCUAUUGUGCUCGCGAGGUACUACCGACGAAGAAAGUACCCUCAGAUCAAAACCGGCUUCCUUCCUAUGAGAGAUACCUGGGGCUACAAAGCAGAUCGAUCUGACAAUGGCGGACACAACUCCUGGAUGGUUCACCAACUUCGCCCUGACUUGGAUCCUGGGAGUCAAGCACCACCCCCACCUGCGUACAAUCGAGCAAAUUCUAGACCCGAGAACAUUGGCGUUGCCAUAUCACCACCUUCUUCAAAUCGAAAUACGGCAAACGCCUCUCCUCUCAGGAGAUUGUCGAAAUUACUGCCUGCAAAACCAACAAUACCGCAUCUGUCUUCUGAAUCCACUAAUGAAAAGUCUCUCCCUGUUAUCGAGCCAGGAUUACAAGAGACUGGACAACAAGGCCGACAUGAGAGUAUCCAACCACCACCACCGGCACUUGGCGCCGCCGCCGUUGUUGCUUCACCACCAAGAUCGCGACCCAUGCCACCAAAGCUGCACAUUCCUCCAACCGAAGCGUCUGCAGGAAGCGCUCCGGGAACAAACAACCGCGAAAGCAAUGUGACUGAGUUCGAAGAAGAUCGCACAUCGAUGUCGCCAAACAACAACACGCAGGUCUGGAGACCACCACCAACGACUCCGCUCUCUGCUACGACCUACUAUGUUGCUGACCAGUACGGUAAUUGGGUUCUUGGGAACCCAAAGCGUGCCUCGGUGAUAGCACGAGGGUCACAAGAUUCAAAGGGGUCUCAGGGAGACAACCUAAAGCCACUGCCGAACGAUAACGGUCCCUCUGGCUACCCAGGGCAAAGUACCAUCCGAACACUCGCUCCCCCAGCUGAGAUCAUUCCUGCGGGCGCUCCAAGUAAACCCUACGGGCCACGCCCGCAGUAUCCUUCUCCGUUCUUCUCGUCGCAAUCCCACCCACGACGUAGCAUUUCUUCGCGGCCCUCGAUGGCCAGACCCCUGACCCGUCCACGCGAGGACUCUAGUAGCAGUAGUGCCACAAUCAUCACCACAUCGACUGAGUCUUCCUCGAGUAUCCCCUCUGUGGCGCCCGAACAACAAGUCAGUCUCUCUCCUGUUGUUGAGUCUCCCCAAUCAGUUCGAGCUCGCCAGCAGCAGCAACAACAACAACCCCAGAUACCGCCACGAGAUCCUCGACGUGCAAGCCAGAUGGGCAAUUUGGGCGACAAUGUCAAUACGAGAUUAGCUCCUCCCUCGAGACAAAUAUUCUACAGUCCUCCUGGCCAGCCAAGUCCAACUUUGGGAAUGAUGCAGCCUCCUGGUGCUUAUAACGCAGCACGACAGCAGCCAGGUUCGCAGAACAUACAACCUAUCCCUAAUGCGGGACUUGAGACAACUUCUCCAACCAUGCGCAUUGUUGAACCCUCUCCUGAGCCAGAGGAGCCCACGGAGCCACCUGCCAUCAACCCAGAGCAGAUUCGAGCAUCUCCCUUUUACUUCAAUCCGCCGUAUCCCCAACCCCUCCAAACCCAUCAACAAUCGCAGCAUCGCCGUUCAGCUUCGGGAUCCCAGCCUCAGAUUUACAAACCGUACCAAAGACCUCCUUCCUUUCAACCGUCCCCCCGAGAACAGCAAGCAGCUUGGCAACCUAUACAACGCCUGCACUCUCAUCAACAUCAGCAACGACGCCAACAGCCCCAGCAGCAGCAGAAUGCCUGGCAACCCACACAGCGUAUGCCUCCUUCGUACCAGUCUUUCCAGCAGCAACCUCCUUUACAACCUUAUCAACGCCCACCUCAGCAAAACCCUUACCAGCAACCACCUCAUAUGUACCAAUCGUUCCAAGCACGACAAAACCAACUGUCCCAGCCUCAUAAUCAGGGAGGCUAUCAAUCAUUUCAGCCAUAUCCUGCAUCUCAGCAAACCCAAAUACAUCCCUCCCAGUAUCAGAACUAUCGUCCCCCUCAACCUAUGACCACACCACUUGCCCAGUCCGGAAGCCAGGACUCGCUUCUUGCCAAACGUGUCGGUUCUAAUCGAGCUGCUGACAUGACUAUUGGCACCGACCCGGCCAGGACAUCAAAGUGGAAUCGUGAUGUUGAAAAUAAGACUCCCCCAAGCUAUCCCAUGUCACCGCAUUGGAAGCCAACAUUAACGCCUACUCGGCGAGGGGACGACCUGGUUCUGAAUGUGCAAUAA